AUGACAUCCUUGCCUGCCUACUCGAUCGCCGCCUUUUUCUUUUUGUCUCCUCUGCCCUCAUUGCGAUUUCAAUCCGGUCUUCGUGUGGCGCAUGUUAACGACGUCGCCGAGGAAAUGUGCGGACCGUGCACACUGUUGGAUGUGGAAGUGAAAAAUGGCACGGCUCCGCACUUCAAGUGUUCCUCUAAACCUCCGCGCGAGUUUAAGGUGCCACGUAAAACCCAGGCCAACCAGAUUGUGGCCAACUUCCAGGUCGAUGUUCUAAUCGCUGCCGCGCUGCCGUUCACUUUCUGUUUCGGCCGCGUCAACCAGAGUGAUGGGGCAGCAGUUACGAGCAACCACCCUGCGCAUCGAGGACACAAGCUCUGCCGACGACACACCUCCAAAGCAACGGUCGUUCGAUGGGAUCUACAGGCGAAUGUUUAUAAAAAACCUUGCACCCACCAGCAACGGAGAGAACGUGGUAACAGCGGCGAGAGCGCCUAUUGCCCCGAAAACAAGACGCGCAGAUGCCGAGCGCGCGGAAGGCCUGCGAGUGCGCAGCGCGGGCGCGCGAGCAGUAUAUCACGCACGCGCGUGCCCCAACGGCCGCCCGGCGCAUUUGCACCUCCCGUAACUCAGGCGGCGCGGAUAAGCGAGCGUCUGCGGCGCGCGACGCAGUCAAGGCCACGCCGGAGAGAUACCGCGCAUGAGAUCGGGGAAUGGAUGGCUGACGUCACUUGCCUCUGGCGGCAUGUUAUAUUUCCUCAUAGAAAA